GAUAGAGAGUCGGACCUGCCCUCCCGCCGCCAUUUUUUCGGUCUCGUACUCGUACUUCUGGCGGCUCGGGUAAGGGGGGGGGCAGAAAUAAGGGAAAGUACAAAAUACGAAUGCGUUAAACCGGUAUCACCUCGUGAAAGAGUCAGGAGUACACGCGGGAGCUGCGGCGCAACGGCUGCUGCGAAGUCGGUUUGUUUGUGUGGAAGACGUGUUUGCGAGCCGCCAUUUUUUUGCCGUGCUUGCCUCUAAAAGUCUGUUCCGACUCGAGAAAGGGAAUUCAAAAACGCAUUUCCAUGACGCGCGGCGUAGCGUAAGAUCGAGAAGAUACAAGCUAAUCAUUUCGUUUCCGACCAGUGGCCGCUGGCGACUUUUUUUUUUUUCUGGGUCGACAUGAGGAUUUAUCAGAUGAAAAACGGAGGACCCCUUUCUUUCCGCUCUUGUAACUGACACUGCCUAACGGAGAUACAAUCAUUCGAAGAGACGCCUGGUGCUUCUCGGAAGGCGGAACGAAAAGGGGAAGCUCCAUCGAUCAUUUGUUGCUUUGCCCUCCGUCGAUGGCGUUAGUUUUUUAGUCGUUUUUGGCCGUCCAAAACACGCAGGGACCACAUUCAGUUCCGAAGUUGGAUCGAGCCAGUCGCAGCCUGUCUCGGAACACGGCGGGUUUAUUUUUGUUGUCUGUUGUAUUUUUUUGUUAAACCGGAGGUCUACGGAGCCUGCAGCAUUUGUGCAGAGAACCAACCCCUCGCAAACCUCACAAGGAGACCUGCACCUUCGGAAUCCCCCUAUUUACUGUGAUUGGGCAACUCCAACCACACAAACGCGUUUUAACUUAUUGCCUCGUCGUAUUUUUUUUGUAAUGUGUUUACCCCUAUUUUUAGAUUGAUAUCAUUUUUUAGCAACGGAAAUGUCAACCGCUCGGUUCGAUUCGUCUGAUCGGUCCGCCUGGUAUUUUGGACCCGUGUCGCGACAGGAAGCCCAGAACCGGCUACAGGGGCAGCGGCACGGCAUGUUUCUCGUCCGGGACUCGUCGACCUGCCCCGGGGACUACGUGCUGUCUGUGUCGGAGAACUCCAAAGUGUCCCACUACAUCAUCAACUCUUUGCCCAGCAAGAGGUUCAAGAUCGGCGACCAAGAAUUCGAGCACCUCCCGGCUCUCCUGGAGUUCUACAAGAUCCACUACCUGGACACGACCACGCUCAUAGAGCCGGCCCCCAGGUACCCGAGCACGGUCAGCGCUCCCAUCCAGCCUGUGGGAGGCCCUGAGGACAACCAGGAGUACGUGCGGACUCUAUACGACUUCACCGGCAGCGACGCAGAGGACCUUCCCUUCAAGAAGGGGGAGAUCCUCAUCAUUCUCGAGAAGCCAGAGGAGCAGUGGUGGAGCGCCAAGAAUAAAGAAGGACGCGUCGGGAUGAUCCCCGUGCCCUAUGUGGAGAAAUUGGUUCGACCGUUGCCUCAUCCCGGCCAGCCCCCACAUGGUUCUCGCAACUCCAACAGCUAUGGGAUCCCGGAGCCCUCCCACUCGCUUGUCCACGCCUAUGCUCAGCCCCAGACACCGUCGCCGUUGCCCCCCGGAACGGCCGGAGUGGUUAACAGCCCCCUCCCGUCCAUGCAGAACGGCCCGGUCAUGGCGAAGGCCAUCCAGAAACGAGUGCCAUGCGCAUAUGACAAAACGGCGCUUGCUUUAGAGGUUGGCGACGUCGUCCUGGUUACGCGGAUGAACAUCAGCGGUCAGUGGGAGGGGGAGCUAAACGGACGGCGGGGUCUCUUCCCGUUCACCCAUGUCCAAAUCAUAGACCCCCUGAACCCGGAUGAGAGUGACUGACCAAGGAGUUGGACCGGACCGCCUCGUCAGUAUUUCCUGUAGGCUGAAUCGGCUGGCUGUGUCCACCUUUCCCGCCAGCGUCACCACGGUUACGUGCUUGCCUGCUUGGGGCUGUGCCGUGAUAGCGGCCCCUCUGUUGUUGCCAGCCGUCGCAAGGCUUUUUGACUGUUUACAGCUCUUUGGACUUUGGUUCCAAACUCUAAAAAAAGAAAAAAGAAAAAAAAACUGGCCCUCUUCUCCAUGUUCCCUUUUCUCGCAACUCUGCUCCAGGCCGGGCAGUGUUUUUCCCCCCAUUAGUGUCCCCUUCCUUCCCAGAUCACUGGGUGUGUGUUUGUGUACACGCAUGUGUGCGUGUGUGUGCGUGCGUAGAUAUUUACCACAUUAUGUCAAUUGUUUUUUUAUUUUAUUUCUCUGAAUAUUAUGUUUUACAGUAUUGCAGAUUUAGAAAGUUUUUUUGUUACAUUUGUGUUUAGGGGACAGCAAUGUCCCUGUGGACUUUGGAGAGCACUGAGGCAACGAGGAGCUAACCAGCCAGUCAAAUGUUAUUUCUCCAAACAAUCAAGUCACUGUUGUACGUUAACACACACGCACACAUUGGCCAUGAGUUAUUCAGGUUGACUGUCUUUAUUUCCUUCCGUGUUGUGUGACUGGCGUCAGGAGGAAGCAGGAGAGGGAGGUUUGUGGAAGCUCUAGGAUGACAUCAUAGCUCCCUCCUCUCUUCCACCUGGUCCACGUCUGGCUGACGCGACUUAUUUAUAUUUUGUUACUAAGACACAACAUGGCCAUGAGGGUUUUCAUCCUUUUCCUAUUUGUGCCACAUGAUCAAAUCUAGUUUGGGACCUUGAAGGUGUAUUGUAACCACGUCCACUCUGCACCUCACUUUGCUGUCCUUUGCAUUAUUUUGAACUGAAAGGAUGUUGCUUGGAGAAUAGUUGCUUUUUAGUUCCAACUGCGCCGAGGACCAGAAGUAUUUUGACUUUCGGCAUAGGAGCGCCACGCUAUGAACAGGGUUUUACUAAAGUGUCACCGCCACUGAGGGGAGAGUCUCCAGUGGCGGAGCUAAUGAGAAUCCCAUCAAUGCCUUUUUCAGAGAGUAAGAUCUAUGCAUCGGUUGGUGCAUGCAAUCUUCUCUUCAAUGUGUGUUUUUUUAUUUUAUUUUGUGAUGCAUGUUUCCGCCAUCUCUAUGACUUAUUGAUAUUUGGUCCGUGCACAAUUUGGUCUAUUAGUGGGGAAGCAUCUUUGUUCCUACAGUCCUGUAAGCAAUUUCACCCGUACGAGCAGCCAAUUAAGCAGUUGUUGGUCCUUACAUUUCUGCUGUAAAAAUGCCCCCACCUACCCCCAAACAGGUAAAUCUCUCCUCCUGGGGGUUUCCCUCCCAUUCACUCAGAGUAAUAUUGUGCCGCUUUUAGUUGUAUCCUGAUUUUUUUUUUUUUUUUUUACCUUGCUAGUCUGCUAUUAAAUUGUGCAUUUUCUUAAAAUGACUGAUGUUAUUAAACUUGAGUAUCUACGGUGACAUUUACAAAAGGGAAAAAUGCCUGCUGGUUGCCUCUGUGCAUGACCUCUGGGCCGGGGCAAAGGGCUCUGCCCGGCCGAAAUGCUGCUUAAUGCCAUUUUCAUCCUUGUUAAAUCAAGGUUUAUCCCGUUGGAAUCCCUCCUGGUGUGUGCAAACGAGCCAGAGUGUGUUUCUCCUCAUCAGACCUAAUGAGAUCUACUAAUCAAGCAAUACACCCUGAUUAUUUCCUUUUUGUUGAGGUGAACUUGCUUUUCUAUUGCUUCGGAGUUGUUUUUGUAAUGGCAUUAACAGUAUUACUGUGCGCUCUACUCAUAUUCUAGGAAAGCCUGUCUCUUACUUAAGAAUUCAAAAUUGUGCCUUUUUUAUUUUCUUAUACCAUUUCCAUGUGUUAAUAUUUCCCAUGGUUAACACCUGUGCUGGUAUUGACCCCUUUAUGUACAGAACAAGUAAAUAAAAUUUACGUCUACUUCUUUAAAUGUC